AUGGUCAGCAAUGACUCGCUGGAUUACCCUUUUCUGGUUGCUAACGAUACUUACACCUUCACAGCUAAGCACUGUGUAAUGUGCAAAUGUGAUGCUGCAAACAACUGGGCAUUACAAUGUGAGUCAUCCCAGAUCAACUCAUCCAAGUCAUCGUGCCCUUCUAUGCAAUGUCAAGGUGCAGAUAAUCUAUACCUUGGGAAUACCACGUCUUCCACUUGUAAUCGCACGUUGUGUGCCUAUGCUGGUUACAAGGACCAAAUCAUUCUCACAAGUCUUGCUGUGGAUUCCACUUCCACUUGUCCAGCUCCUCAUAAUAAUUCUCCCAAGGCCAGCUUGCAAGGCUGGAGAUGGAACAUCGUUCUGAUUGCGACCCACUUGGUUGUGCUUGGCAUUCAUCUAUUCCACUAA